AUGUCCAAGAGCAUCUCCUUCAUCACUGAAUCGGAGGUGGAAGAGAAGCGAAAGCGUCGCCAAGAGGAGUGGGAGCAGAAGCGCAAACCCGAUGAUCCUGAAGAGGCACCCGAGGAGAAGUACGAUCCACGGACGCUCUACGAGAGGCUUCAGGAGCAGAAGAACAAGAAGCAGGAGGAGUACGAUGAGUCGCACAAGCUGAAGAACUUGAUCAAGACACUAGACAACGAUGAGAUUGAGUUUCUUCAGGGCUUAGACAGCACCCGAGCGCAGUACGAGAACCAGAAGUACCAGGAGGAGUUGGCGGCCAUUGAGGAGUACAAACGAACGGCCACCGAUCUGAGCGGUGAAGAGCAAGAGAGGCGGCUACUCGAGUUCAAGCGGGAGCUCUUUCAGAGGGCGAAGAAACGAAAAGCCGAUGAGGAGGGAGAAAAAUCCGGGGAAAAGAGAAAGUCCUCGCAAGCUGAGCUGCUCUCUAAGGCGAUCGUCAAGCGAAAGGCUGUGACUGAUCAGUCUUCCUCAGCAUCAACAUCUGCAGCAGCAACUUCCACCUCCAAACAGACUGAACCUGAACCAUCAUCUUCUUCAUCACCAACUUCAUCAUCUUCCUCUUCCACUCCUCCUCCAGCAAUGCCGCCCAACAUGCCCACCAUUCAGUGCAUCGGCCGUCUGCCUGGCAUCGGAUGCUACGACGGCGGAACUGACAGCAGCGACAGCGAUCGAGAGUCGGACGAGGACGACGUCGAGGACUUUCAGGUCUUUGCCGACCCGCCCAGCAAGGGCGGCUCUGAUGAUCAUCACCACUGA